UAUCAAAAACAUGGCAGCCACCAUGUUUUCCAAAAAAAGCAAAAGUUUGCUCUAAAAAUGUAAAUAAAAGUGCUUUCUGUUGUGAAAGUCAAAACUAUUUUGUGGUGAAUAGACAAAGCACAUUUUAAAAUUUCGACUACCGUACGAUGGAGGGAAUAGUAAAGCCAAGUGUCCAGCGCCGUCUUAAUCGGCAUGCCACAAAGAUUCUGGUGGGCGGUAUCUUCCUCUGCCUGAUUGGGAUCCUGUUCAUAUCGAUCUGUAGCCAGCCAGCCAGUCCGGCCCAUUACAUGCACAAAGAUCAUGACGCAGCUCAUAAAAGAGAUGCGCGAUUCUUCAAAAAUCCGUUAGAGAAUGAUCGCGAUGUGUCAUUCCUGGUUAUCAUGAUCAUUACAGGGCCAGACAAUAAAGCCAGACGGGAAACUAUACGCCAGACGUGGUUGUCCUCAGUUCCGCACAAUAUCAAGUGUUUAUUUGUAGUCGGCACCAAACAUUUAACUCCUGAGAAAUUUGCAGAACUAAAUCAAGAAGAUCAUGAAUUCCAUGACAUGCUGCUGCUAAAAGAUACUCAGGACGCAUAUGAGAGACUGACGGCUAAAGUCGUGGAUGCUUUUACUUGGUUGGACAUGAAUGUAAACUGUAAAUUUGUGCUGAAAGUUGACGAUGACACGUUUGUGCGGGUCCAAGAUGUUUAUGAUGAGCUAAAAACUCGACACAAGGAGGACGGCGCACUCUAUUGGGGAUAUUUCACUGGCGAUGCCCGCGUCAAAAAGUCUGGUCCAUGGAAAGAACCGGAUUGGAAUCUAUGUGAUAGGUACCUUCCGUACGCCCGCGGGGGCGGUUAUGUCCUGUCAGCUGGGCUUGUACAUUUCAUCGUAGCUAACCAAAAAUAUUUUAAAAAAUACAAAAGUGAAGAUGUUUCAAUCGGGGCUUGGCUUGGCCCGUUGGAAAUCACGAAACUUCACGACCAGCGGUUUGAUACAGAGUACAAAACCAGAGGUUGUAGUAAUGACUUGUUACUCGCACAUAAACAAAGUAUUGAGGAUAUGAAAGAAAAACAUGAGAAUUUGUUAAAAAUAUCUAAAUUGUGUAAAAAGGAAGAGCACAUAUUUGAAUCUUACGUCUACGACUGGAAUGCCCUUCCAUCUAAAUGUUGCAAGAGGCAAGAUUCAAAAGUCAACUCAGAUAAACCGAAAGAGUUGAAAUGAAAUAUCAUAAUCAUUUUGCCGAUAUAACUUGUGCCAUGGACUGUGCCAUCAAAUUUCCUGUGAUUUUGUGAUAAAUCUUAUAAGAUCGGCACUCUUGUGGUGUGGUCAAAGUCAGAUGGCCAAUGCGUUGCCAUUGUUGUGUACAAAUUGAAAUAGUCAUGGUGGUCUUCCUGGGUGCACACAUACAACAUAGUUAGCUGUGUGCCAAAUCACAGGUCUCUGGUUUUAAAAAUCAUUCAGAAAACAAAAGACACCGGACAACAAAAAGCAACUGUGGUGCAAAAAUGACGAAAUAUUUGUCUUUCUAUGAAAUAGGUUUUUAAGACCUCUACAAUAUGAUGUCGCAGACAUAUGUAUACCUGCUCCUGAAAAAUCUGAAAAUUGUGCGUACAUAUAUGUACUAAAUGAACAGCCAUAAAGGAAAAAUGACUUGGGUCUCUAAUAUACUGUUUCUUGACAAUGUGUUUGUAUUAUUCCCUAAAAGAGGGCACUAGUGGACAAUGUGUUUACAUUUGUCCUUUUCCUGUGCUGUUGAUGUCUGUGUAUAUAGAAAUUUUUAUUUUGAAUAAAUUAGAUUGUUUAA